AUGGAACAAAACACUCUUAAGAGGCGCGGAGUAGGCCUCAUCGGGGUUGACAAGGCCCGGUCUUUUGGAGGUUACACACUGUUCUGUCCCUUGACCAGCGACGUCGCACAUCUCGUCGACAUUGACGGGAAGGAGGUCCACACGUGGAAGCUCCCCGGUCGAGUCGGCCGCCAUGCUAGGAUCCUCCCCAACGGAAACCUUGCCGUCAACACACUCCGGUCGUGCCAGCAGACGACCGAGGACGGCGGCCCAUUUCCCUUUCCCUUCUUCAACAAGUAUGGCGGCGGAAUAAUGAGCGAGCUCGACGCUGAUAGCAAAGUCGUUCGACAAUUCGUCGAUCCCAUGGGACACCAUGACCAAUAUCACUUUGGCGAUGGCCGGAUGCUGUAUGCAUCGCUCGAGCCGCUCUCCCGUGAGGAUUCCGCCAAAGUGCUUGGCGGUGUCCCCGGCUCGGAAAUCGAUGGCAUCACCUACGCCGACAUGAUCAAUGAGGUUGAUGAGAACGGCAAGCUUGUUUGGCAAUGGAAGGUUUCCGAACGGUUGCCACGGGACGAAUUUCCACUCCAGCCCCACUACACCAGGGAACACUACCCCUUGAUUAACUCCGUCCUUCCUUUGCGCGACGGGAAGCACAUUCUCGCGUCGCUGCGAUCGGUAUCCGCAGUCAUCAUUAUUGAGAAGUCUACUGGGAACAUUGUAUGGAAGCUUGGCUCCGACGUUCUCGCGCAGCAGCACAACGCGACGGAGCUAGAUAAUGGAAAUAUCCUCAUCUUCGACAAUGGUGCAUUCCGAAACGGCGAGUCCAUCACCUAUACCAGAGCCAUCGAGGUAGAUCGGGCCACGAAGAAGAUUGUGUGGGAGUAUCGCGAUCGCUCGCAAAUGAUCUCCUUCUUCACACCAUUCAUGGGCAGUGCCCAGCGGCUACCGAACGGGAACACGCUUUUGUGCGAAAGCGGUUUUGGUCGCCUAUUUGAGGUCACCCAGGACGGGACCAUUUGUUGGGAGUAUGUCAACCCUCACUUCGCUCCGUACCCCGAUGAGGCUACGGCGACUAUAUUCCCAGGAGAGUCGAAUGCCCUGUUUCGGGCAUAUCGGUACGGGGCUGAGGAUAUCCCUUGGCUACAAAAGAAGUUGGGCCGUAGCUGGUGGCCGUGGUCAUGA